AUGGCUCUUUUUGGCUCUGAUUUAGAACGACAAGUCAAAAAGGAAUCUGCCCAAACCGAACCUGCAUGGGAAGGAGCUGGUCAAGAAGUGGGACUCAAAAUCUGGAGGGUUGUGAAAUUUGAAAUCAAGGAUUGGCCUCAGGAAGAGUAUGGCAGUUUUUAUAACGGCGAUUCUUACAUUAUUCUGAACACUUACAAAGAGGGCGAUUCUGAGGAUUUGGAAUAUGAUGUUCACUUUUGGAUUGGAAAAAACAGUUCACAGGAUGAAUAUGGCACUGCUGCUUACAAGACUGUUGAGUUGGAUACUUUUCUCGAUGACAAAGCUGUGCAACAUAGAGAAGUCCAAGGAUUUGAGUCUGACCUUUUCAAGAGUUACUUCAAGAAACUCAUGGUGAUGGAAGGUGGUGCUGAAAGUGGAUUCCGUCAUGUUGUACCUGAAGAAUAUAAACCCAGGCUGCUGCGUUUCUGUGGUACCUCCCGCAAUGUUGAAGUCUAUGAGGUCCCCAAACACAAAAGCUGUUUGAAUUCAAAUGAUGUCUUCAUUUUGGAUAUGGGACGCACCAUUUAUCAAUACAAUGGUACUAACAGCAAUAAAGACGAAAGAUUCAAGGCUAUGCAGUUUGUCCAAGAACUUGAAUCUGAACGUGGAGAUGCAAAGGGUGAAGUUCUGGAAGAAGAUGAUCUGCGUGACUCUCAUGAAUUCAUGCAACAGCUUACUGAUGAAGAGCCCGAUGAUCCUGACGUUCCUCUUGAGGAUGAGGAAAAGAAACUUUAUCGGUUGAGUGAUCACAAGUUUGAUCAAAUUAAAGCUGGAGAUGAAAUUAGUAAAGGCGACCUUGUCAGUGACGAUGUCUUUUUGCUUUACAAUGGCAAGAAUGUGUUUGUCUGGGUUGGCAAUAAUGCAUCAAGAGAAGAAAAGAGAAAUGGCAUUCCCUAUGCACAUAGUUUCUUGGGUGGUGAAGUUGGCAAACCCAAUUGUCCAGUCACUGUGAUUUCUGAAGGUCAAAGAUCCAAUGCCUUUGAAGUAGCAAUGACUGCUUAA